AUGCCAACAGGCUUCGCGCUGAAUACAACAGACUGGUGGAUGGACUGGCGCAGAGAGGAACUCUACCAAGCACUGCCUUUUGCCACUAGUACUGCAUUUUGCACUGUUAGCUAUGGCCUUCCGCAGAUAGCUCACAGUAUUAUGCUUCUUGUGAUGAAGUGUCGGAUUCUGAGGCUUGUCAGAUUCCUUGAUGGCCGGCUUGAAACAGAAAACGUUGAGAAUGAAAUGCCUGUUUCCUUUGUUGCUUCAAUCCACUCCCAGGCUGGAAUCGACCAAAAAAUGCUGAGGUUUUGUUAUGAUCGGCUACACUCCCUAAUGAUGACAUUAGAGAUAACUGAUACAGAUGAGUUCAUGCACAUACAGACCAUAUGUGACUUUGUCAUACUGAUUGGAACUUAUACACAGGACUUUUCUAUUAUAAUAAAGCUGUAUGACGAGAGAAUGCCUGAUUUUCGUGAUCCUUUUAUUCAGCUGAGUUGCCAUGAUGCUUCACUCACAAUAAGACCUGUUUUUGAUCGUUUCGAAACGGUUGUGAUCACUUUCGGAACUCUGAGCCCAAUAGAUCUUUAUCCUCGUCUCUUGAAUUUUAAUCCUGUCAUAAGCAAAAGCUUCACAAUGUCCUUAACAAGAGAUUGUAUUUGUCCCAUGGUCUUGACUCGAGGAAGUGAUCAGCUACCUGUGAGUACAAAGUUCGAUAUGCAUAGUGAUCCUGGUGUUGUGAGGAAUUAUGGCCGCCUCUUGCUGGAAAUGGCUUCUGCUGUUCCAGAUGGCAUAGUUUGCUUUUUUGUCAGUUAUUCCUAUAUGGAUGGCAUUGUAAACAGCUGGCACGAAAUGGGAAUUCUGCAGGUUAUUUCUUUCACUCGUAUACUUUUCUCUCGUAUAAACCCUACAAUUCAGAUAAAAUAUAGAUAUGGCAACGAGGAAUGGGUCUGCUCUGCUGAGCGUUCAUGGGCAAGGAAAAAAGAAUAG